AUUCCUGUGUUCAACAGUGGAAGAUUUUAUGGUUGAUAUUGUAAAGGCCUGGAAUCAAAUAAAACAGAACAAUACAACAGUAGAGUCUGUGAUUUUGAAAAGUGACUUAAUGUAUGAUAAGCUCAGUAUCAUUAUUGAUGUCUUGGCUGAGGAGGCAGCAACUACUUCUGUUGAGAAAAGUGCUGCAAUAUGUGCAGAUAGUGACAAAGCAGAGGGAAAGCCCUUCAUCUCGCAAGUAGACCACAUAGCCAAAUCCAAAAUGGAGUUGACCACAAGGGCCCAGAAUCUCCAGAAAUCCUUGAAACUCAUCAUAUUCCAAGUUGAACAAGUUCUGAAUGAGGAAAGCAGACAGACAAUAUCGGUCAAGAACUUCACAUCAACUUUCUUCCUGGGAGAUGAUGACUCAGAUUUUAACCAGAUGAGCCCAAAACACCGUUCUCGUUGUGGCACUUUGUCUUCUAUGUCUUCUCUCAAAAGUGAAGACCUACAUAACCUUGACUUAGAACACCUACAUUUCACAUCUGAAACGAUACGCUUCAAAGAAAAGUGUGUCAUGAACAACUACUUUGGCAUUGGACUAGAUGCGAAAAUUUCUCUGGAGUUCAAUACCAGAAGAGAAGAACAUCCAGGACAAUACAAUAGCCGCCUUAAGAACAAAAUAUGGUAUGGCCUGCUGGGAAGCAAGGAACUUUUACAACGUUCUUACAGGAAACUAGAAGAACGAGUACACUUGGAGUGUGAUGGAGAAGCCAUCCCCUUGCCAAACCUGCAAGGUAUUGUAGUGCUCAACAUUACCAGCUAUGCUGGAGGUGUCAACUUCUGGGGGAGCCAUACAGCGACCACAGAAUAUGAAGCUCCUGCAAUAGACGAUGGAAAGCUGGAGGUAGUGGCAAUCUUUGGUUCUGUGCAGAUGGCUAUGUCUCGUAUAAUCAACCUGCAUCAUCAUCGCAUAGCCCAGUGCCAUGAGGUAAUGAUAACCAUUGAUGGUGAAGACGGUAUCCCCGUGCAGGUAGAUGGGGAAGCCUGGGUUCAGAAGCCUGGCCUCAUCAAGAUUAGGUACAAGAAUGCUGCCCAGAUGCUGAUGAGAGAUCGGGACUUUGAAAAUUCUAUGAAAAUGUGGGAAUGUAAGCAUACUGAAGUUCAAACUGCACCUCAACCACAGCUGGACUCCCAGGAAUCUCAAGAUAGCCUCUCAGACAAUGAGUAUGCCCAGAUACAACACUUGGCUAGGCUUGCAGAAAACCUCAUUAGCAGACUUAAUGACCUGAGCAAGGUCCACCAGCAUGUGUCAGUCCUCAUGGAUUCUGUGAAUGCCAGUGUUAACAUGCUGAAUGAUAUAUUCUAUGGUCAAGGCAGUAGCAAUGAAGCAGGUGCAGUUUCCUGUACUCCCAUUGAGACUCUAAGCAGAAAUGAUGCAGUAGAUGUUACAUUUAGUCUUAAAGGGCUCUACAAUGAUACCAAAGCUUUCCUGGAUGAAAACUUGUUGAGAAAUGCUGAGGAUGAGGUCAUACUACAAACUGCCCUGGAUGCCAUGAACUAUGAGUUUAAAAAACUGUUGGAGAUUGACUGGAUGAAUCAUAUCCUUGUUCCAGAGGAAAAAUCUUCAGACAUGAACAGUAGAAGCCAUAGGUUGAAAGUUAAAUUCCCUAAGUUGGGGAAAAAGAAGCGAGAAGAGGAAGGAAAGCCUAAAUCAAGACAAAGAGUUCAUGGUUUUCUUGGUAAUUUGUGGCAUCGCAGAAAUCGUGAAGGUGAAGCAAAAGGUGAUGAUUCUCCAAAACCAUCAAGUUCUCAGCUAUAG